CCUGUAAAUCAUGGAUCAUGGCAACCAUACUUGGACCCAGACUUUCAUCCUUGAUGGUUUCAACACCUCUGGAAGCCUACGACCUGUUGCUUUCCUGGGAACCCUGUGCAUCUAUCUCCUCACCCUUGCAGGGAACUUGUUCAUCAUUAUCCUGGUUCAGGAAGAUUCUGGACUGUCCACACCCAUGUACUUCUUCAUCAGUGUCCUCUCCUUCCUGGAACUCUGGUAUGUCAGCACCACAGUGCCCACCCUGCUGAACACCCUGCUGCACGGGCCUUCACCCAUCCCAUCAGCUGCAUGCUUUAUCCAGCUGUAUGCCUUCCAUUCCUUGGGCAUGACCGAGUGCUACUUGUUGGGUGUCAUGGCUCUGGACCGCUACCUUGCCAUCUGCCGUCCGCUCCACUACCACACACUCAUGAGCAGACAGAUACAGAUAUGGCUAGCAGGAGCCACUUGGGUGGCUGGCUUCUCAGCUGCACUUGUGCCUGCCAGCCUCACUGCCACUUUGCCCUACUGUUUGAAAGAGGUAGCUCAUUACUUUUGUGACUUGGCACCACUAAUGCGGUUGUCCUGUGUAGACACAGGCUGGCAUGCUCAGGUCCACGGGGCAGUGAUUGGUCUGGCCACUGGGUGCAACUUUGUGCUCAUCUUGGGACUCUAUGGGGGCAUUUUGACAGCUGUAAUGAAACUGCCCUCAGCUACCAGUCGUGCCAAGGCGUUCUCCACAUGUUCAUCCCACAUGACAGUAGUGGCACUCUUCUAUGCCUCUGCCUUCACAGUGUAUGUGGGCUCACCUGGUGGCAGACCUGAGGGUACUGACAAGCUGAUUGCUUUAGUGUACACCCUCCUUACUCCUUUCCUCAACCCUAUCAUCUAUUCCCUUCGCAACAAGGAGGUGAAGGAAGCUGGGAAAAGGGUCACUGACAAGUUCAGAACUGUAUUACGGGAACCUUGAUCUUCUCUUUUGUCAUUACCCA